AACAACUUCUUCUACUGUUUUUGUUUAAGCCUUAUACCAUGCCAUUUUGCAGUGGCCAAAAGUUUUUCAAGAGGUUCUGUGUUGACGAGUUUCAAAUGGCAAGUCUUCCUUAUAGCAGCUUUCUGUCUAAUGAUCUCUUGCCAUCCCUUGGAGCCAGAAUCAACCAAGAAACAAGGCUUAGAAGAUGCACAGUUUCCCCUUUUGAUCCACGUUACAGGGCCUGGGAGAUGCUGCUGAUUGUCUUUGUUGUUUACUCUGCAUGGAUUUGCCCCUUUGAGUUUGCCUUUCUCCAUCAAAAGCACGACACACUGUUCAUCAUAGACAACAUUGUCAAUGCCUUCUUUGCCAUCGACAUCGUUCUCACAUUCUUUGUUGCAUAUCUCGAUCACCAUUCCUACCUUCUUGUUGAUAAUCCAAAGAAAAUUGCAAUAAGGUACCUAUCUACUUGGUUCUCUUUGACGUGUGCUUCAACUGCCUUUGAAUCCAUCAGCCUCCUAUUCACUGAUCACAAUAGUGAUGGGUUCAAAAUUCUGAACAUGCUUCGGUUGUGGCGCCUUAGACGUGUCAGUUCUCUGUUUGCAAGACUUGAGAAGGACAUUCGCUUCAAUUACUUCUGGACCAGGUGCUUCAAGCUCUUUCAGGUGACAUUGUUUGUGGUGCACUUUGCUGGGUGCUUCAACUAUCUGAUAGCAGAUAGGUACUAUGAUCCGAAAACAACAUGGAUUGGUUCAGUGUUUCCAAAUUUCAAAGAAGAGAGUCUGUGGGAAAGAUACGUGACUUCGAUGUAUUGGUCCAUUGUGACACUUACUACCACUGGCUAUGGAGACUUGCAUGCUACAAACACAAGAGAGAUGCUCUUUUUCAUCUUCUACAUUUUGUUCAACUUGGGAUUAACUUCCUACAUCAUCGGAAACAUGACAAACCUCGUUGUCCAUUGGACAAGCCGCACCAGAAACUUUAGAGACACAGUGAGAGCAGCUUCAGAAUUUGCAUCGAGAAACCAUCUGCCACAUCACAUACAGGAACAGAUGUUGUCACACUUGUGUUUGAAAUUCAAGACAGAAGGAGUGAAGCAGCAAGAGACACUGAAUGGCCUGCCAAAGGCAAUUCGUGCAAGCAUUGCACACCAUCUCUUUUUCCCUCUUCUCCAGAGACUAUACCUCUUCCAAGGAGUAUCAGAUGAUUUUCUUUUCCAACUGGUUACUGAGAUGGACGCUUUGUAUUUCCCCCCAAAGGAAGAUGUGAUAUUGCAAAACGAGUCUCCCACAGACCUCUACAUACUGGUUUCAGGGGCAGUGGAUAUGAUUCGUUAUGUUGAAAGGAAUGAGCAAUGCAGAAUGAAAGUACUGAACCUGAUAGAUCAAGUUAUUCAAUUUCAGGUUCUGAAGAAGGCUGUUGCAGAGGACAUAUUUGGGGAGAUUGGAGUGUUGUACUGUAGACCACAGCCUUUCACUGUUCGGACCACUGAGCUUUCUCAGAUUUUAAGACUCGGCAGAACUUCCUUAAUGAACUCCUUAAAUGGAUAUCCAGAAGCUGCACAAAUCAUAAUGAAAAAUCUCUUCAUGAGGAUAAAGGGGCAUGAAGGUUUGGAUUUUGAAUGUUCACCAAGGGAACCCCAAAUGCAUGAAAUGGAUAACACAGAAACAAGUGUUCCUGAUUCAUCUGCAAGUAAUUGUCAUGAGGAAACCAGAUUGCAUAUUCCUGAGGAUGGAAAAGGAGAUUUUGAUGCUACUUUCCGUAAAGAUCAUGCUGAAAUGGAAGAAAAUGAGAAGAACCAAGGCCCUAUAAGAUGGAAACAGAAGUCUCUUGUAGAUCAGCAACAAAACAAGAGCCUUUCUGACCUUGCAGUGAACCAUGAAAAUAGGAAGAUAGUAGAUGAACAUAUUAUAAAAUUUUUGGAGCCAGAAAUCCCUUUCGAUUACCCUUUAGGAAAAACAUACUCAAACUCCUAUUCAAGUGCUUCUAACCAUAGAACUGAGAGAGAAACAGAAAGAUUCUUCAAAAAGAGAGUUGUCAUCCACUUUCUAAGCAAACACAGAACCAGCUUACAGGAACAUGGCAAGUUGAUAAUGCUACCUCAUUCAUUACAAGAGCUGCUCCAUAUUGCAGGAGAAAAAUUUGGAGUCUCCAAGCUUACAAAAGUAAUUACCAUAGAGAAUGCAGAGAUAGAUGAUAUCAGUGUGAUUCGAGAUGGGGAUCAUCUAUUUUUUGUUUGCAGUGACACUGAAAAUUGAAGUGCUUGAUCUUAUCAAAUGCCAGCUAUAGUGUGGAAGAUAUGAACCUAGCUUGUAACCUUCAGAUAAAUUAGUCUAUAAUGAUUAAUACACAAAAACACAGAGAGAUUACAUGAAGUUCCAAAUCUCAAUUUCGAGUUACAACAGUUCACACUAAAAUUUCUUCUUUUUUCUUUCCAUCUUACAAUCUCUUUUU